AUGCCGAAAUCUCAUUCCUCGUCUUCAUCAGGGUCAUCUUCUUCGAGUGAAGAGAAAAAGAGAGUGAAAGAUUUAAAUUAAAAAAAAUCUAGAAGUUAAAAGUCAAGAGAAAGAUCAAAAGAAAAAUCAAAAGAAAAAAAAAAUAAAGAGAAGACUAAGGAGAAGAAAGUUAAGAAUCUUUUGCUUGUUUAGAAUAUUUCAAGAAAUGUCACUCAAGAUGUUCUGCACGAAAUUUUCUCCACUUAUGGGAAGUUAACUAAUGUGGAGAUGUAGUUUGAUGAAUAAAAUAAUAUGCUUCCACUUUUAUUUGCUUUUAUUACUUAUAAUGAUGAGGGCGAUGCUUCACAAGCCACUUAAUAUAUGCAUAGAGCUAUUAUAGAUGGAAAGAAGAUUAAAUGUUAAAGUCUUGGAUUAGAUAGAUAAAAACAUUAUACUGAGAAAAUUAAAAAUGAGAGGUUAGAUAAGCUUAGGUAAAGAGAAAUCAAAAAGGAAAAGGAAUUAAAGUAAAAGGAAGAAUAUGCAAGAGCUAAAUACAGAGAAGAUAAAUAAAAGAAUGAAAAUAAAGAUUUAGAUAAGGAUAAAGAUAAAGAGAAAGAUAGAGAUAAAGAUAGAGAUAAAGAAUUACAAAAGAAAGAUUCAGAUUAGUAACAAGAAUAAUAAAAAUUGAAGGAAAAAGAGAAAGAAAAAGAAAGAGAGAAGGAGAGAAAAGAAAAAGAGAGGGAAAAGGAAAGAGAAAGGGAGAGAGAAAGGGAAAGAGAGAAGGAAAGAGAAAAGGAGAAAGAACGAGAAAGAGAGAGGGAAAGGGAAAAAGAGAGGGAAAGAGAAAAAGAGAAGGAGAGAGAAAAAGAAAAAGAAAGAGAAAGAGAGAAAGAAAAAGAAAGGGAGAGAGAAAAAUAAAGAGAAAAGUAAAAACAAAAAUAGAAGAGAGAAAAGGAAAAGGAAAAGGAAAAGUAAGAAAGGAUUGAAAGAGAAAAAAAGAAGAAAUAGCAUUCUACAUCAAGAAAAAGAUCAUCAGAUAGACAUCACAAAAGAUCAAGCUCUAGAAAGAGACAUUCAAAAAGAAGAUAUAGCAAAAGAUCAAAAACUCCUAAAAGAAAAUAAAAUAGGAAAGAAAGCACUUCAAGUUCAUCGUCUGAUUCUUCAUCCUCCUCAUCUUCUAGUGGAAGCUCUAGUAGUAGCAGCAGUAGUGGUUCCUCUUCUUCUUCACAAUCAGAUGAUAAAAAAUAGCCUAAUUAAAACUAGAAGAAGACUUCUUCAAGUAGUUCUUCAAGCGACUCAGAUAGCUCCUCAUGA